GCGGACCGCGCAGUGCGACUCCAGGCGGCUCUGAAGGAAACCAUAUCUGGUCAAAGUAUUCGUUGCUGUCACCCAGCGGGACUGUCCGGCUAUAAAUAGCGCUGGAGGAGGUUUCUCUCUUUCCCAAGAGUGCUACUGGCACUUGGCUGCCUUUGCUGUUAUUUUACUGCUGAGCUGGAGGUUAUCGAGAUAUCAUUUUGUUAUUAAAUCCCAGGGCUCUGAUCUUACAUCUUGUUUUUUUCUCAUUUGGAGGGGUCACUGAGGUCUGCUGUCCAUCAUGUCUGUGAUGAGGAAGGAGAUGGAGAAGUACAGGGACAUAGACGAAGACGAGCUGCUGAAGAAACUCUCAGAGGAAGAGCUGCAGCGAUUAGAAGAUGAGUUAGAGGAGCUGGAUCCUGAUAAUGCAUUAUUGCCAGCUGGGAUGCGGCAGAAGGACCAGACCAAGAAAGCUCCGACAGGAACAUUUCAAAGGGACAACCUGCUGGCUCAUCUGGAGAAACAGGCCAAAGAACAUCCCGACAAAGAAGACUUGGUGCCUUUCACUGGGGAGAAGAGAGGGAAAGCCUUUGUGCCUAAAAAGAUGGUGGACCCCAUUAUGGAGAAUGUAACUCUGGAGCCGGAGCUAGAAGAAGCCCUGUCUAGUGCUACUGAUGCUGAACUCUGUGAUAUCGCAGCUAUCCUGGGUAUGCACACCCUGAUGAGUAACCAACAAUACUAUGAAGCCCUGGCCAGCAGCACCAUAGUCAACAAGCAAGGCCUCAACAGUGUGAUCCAGUGCACCCAGUAUAAACCAGUCCCUGAUGAGGAGCCCAACUCCACUGACGUAGAGGACACUCUGAUGAGAUUGAAGAGGAACGACCCUGACCUGGUGGAGGUCAACCUCAACAACAUCAGGAAUAUCCCCAUCCCAACUCUAAAGGCGUACGCUGAGGCUCUGAUGAAGAACACUGUGGUGGAGAGGUUCAGUAUUGUAGGAACCAGAAGCAACGACCCUGUAGCAUUUGCCAUGGCAGAGAUGCUGAAGGUGAACACAACACUGAAGAGUCUGAAUGUUGAGUCCAACUUCAUCACAGGCACUGGAAUUGUGGCCCUCAUAGAGUCUCUGCAGCAUAACACCAUACUACAGGAGCUCAAAAUAGACAAUCAGAGUCAGCCGUUAGGCAACAAGGUGGAGAUGGAGAUAGCCAGCAUGCUGGAGAAAAACACCACUCUGUUGAAGUUUGGCUACCAUUUCACCCAGCAGGGCCCACGCCUCCGAGGCUCCAACGCCAUGAUGAACAACAACGACCUUGCCCGAGUUGUACGGUCAGAGUCUGAUGGCUCCUUCACCCUCACUCUGUCUGUCCCUGAGCUGGAGAUGGCCUUCGGGAAAAAGUUCAAGUCCAAGACUAAUAAGAAAGAGAAGGCUUGAGGGAGGACCCAUCUUCCCCAAGUGUCGGACGAAUGUGUAGAAACCAGGGCUACCCUCAACCCUC